AUGGCGACGACACCGGCAGGAGUCCAUGCCGCCGGCGAGGUUUCUGUCCAAAUUCCUGCUGCGGCCGCGGACGUUGGAGCAGGUGGUGAGCUGCAGCAGAGGGAGCGGACGCUGAACCGCUUCGUGCGAGCUGUUGCCUUCUGGGAGUGGGCGGGAAACGCUUUCGGCGCGCUGGCCUUCCUCUGGGCGACCGGCGUCUUGCUCGGCGGCUUCUGCUCCGAUCUAAAACCAACGGAUUUCUGGUUCGCCAUGGUGAUUAUCUUCAUAGAAGCCUUCAGGAUUUUUAGCCGCAACUACAAAUCGGAUAACCAGUCAAUGUUUGGGACAACGAGGGCACUUAGAUGGACCAACAUGCCGUUUGCUCGCAUGUUAGGGCGACCACAAGAAGGGAAUGAAGUGGUGCUAGUCAUGGGGUUGUGGAUAGACCUCGUUACCUGGUUGCCGAUUAUUGGACCUUUGUUCAUGGGCGCUAUCCAAGCGGCAUUACUAAUUCUUAUGAGCAAGAUGCAUCUACGAGGUGGUUCUCAACUAACAAGCUCAUCCCAAUGGCACCGGAAAUUUCAGCUGUGGGUUGUAGUAGCAGCCUAUCUAAUUUUCUAUGCUCUCGACACAAGUGGGGCAAUGGACAAUCUCCCAUAUACCACGCGAUUAUUAUACAAGAUUAUUCCGCUUGGAGGAGAGACAGGCUACCAAUAUUAUUAUACACGCGCAUUUUACGUUGCCAGCGUGUCUGCAGAGUUACUAACAAUGGUGGUGGCAGCGCUGCUGCUUAUUUCUAGGCCCCCGAUAGUUGCCAACCUAACAAACACUCCUUGGGGCCACAGUCUGCUAUCUCUUGCCAAAGUGGUUUCUGCUGUAAGCCUGGCUUUCGGUUUGGCAGUGGCUGCAUGGCCACCUACACUUGCAAUUGGCGUUGAAGCAGUGGAUCAAACUGGUUUCAUCCUCUCAUUCACAGCAGCGGUACUGUCUCUUGGAAGCCUUCAGACUCCGGCAGCAAAUAAUAGUCUGUCAGUUCGCCGCUGCUUGUGCUGGAUUGACGCGAUCCUACACAUAUUGUUCCUUUGGUAUUUGGUGGUAAGUGGGCUUAACCGCGGAAUCGUGGGCCCCCGCUUGUUCACAUCUCUCACUGCCGGCUUGUCAUCCAUUCUACUUGUAGCGGUGCUACUGAUUGAGAACUUCCAAGUCCCAGCCGCCGUCGUUCAGGUCUUCCUCUCAUCUCUGAGAUUCCAAAGCUUGCAUUCUGAUUAUCACCGGCUGCCCAAAGAGGACAGUACUAGCCCAAACAUGGUGCCAGCGAUUAAAGUCUUCUACAUGCUGUCAAUAUGCCAAGGUUCUUUCUACAUCACGGCAAGCAUCCUCGGGCUCUUCUCCUUCUUCCCACGCAGAAUGCUUGUCCGUCAGUCAAAACUCAGAGGUCAGCAAGGAGCAAAAGCCAUCGAUCUGUACUACGAGUCCGCCUACAUGACAUGCAUGGAAACUGGCUUGUUUUCUGCAAGGAAGACAGUGAGCCUCGCCCGCUUUGCCAAGGAGUCCCUAAGCUCCAGGUCAAGUGAUGAGAUACGGCUAGUUGGUGUUCUUAUUCUUGGCAACCUCCUGCAUGAAAACAGGGAAACCAAUUCCAGUCAAGAGCUCGGGACAAAAAUCAUCAGGUCCAAGAAGACAUUGCCCACAUUGAUUUGCAUGCUCGGAUGGCAAGAUACCAGGCUUAAUGCUGCUAGGGUCAUCGCCCACCUUGCUGACAGACUUACAAUUGCAGAGAUCCCAGGCAUGUUGAAGUUGCUGUCUUCGCUCCUUGAUGCUGGUAAUGACCUACUAGCAGAUCAAGAAACUUCAGUGCAUAUAGUUUCUAGUAAUGGAGGAAAUGCAGGUAGUCAAUAUACUGAUGAACAGCUAGUGGGUGAGCAUGCACAAGAUAAACAAGGAGGUUGCUACUGGGUACACCGGUGUUGGAAGCGGAUGAAAGACAAGUGGUCUGUUCUGGACGAGCUGCCCUUGACUCCUCAGGAGUCAGGACUCACUCCCCAUACUGGGCAUGAAAUUGCCAAAUCGACAUACCUCAUUUCCAAGAUUAUAGGGCUCAUAAGCUACUCAACCGGCUGUGAAAAUAGCAACUAUGAGCAGCAGCGUGCGGUGAUAUGUCCAUCGCUGAAUUUUGUGAGGAGGCUUGCAAGCACCAAAGAGAACAUUGGGGUGGGAGUUCGGCAAGAGCUGUGCAACAGUUCUUUUUUACUGAACAACCUCAUGUGUUUGAGGACAGAUGCAAUAAUAAUUGGGAGCUGCAAGGUGACUAUUUGCAAACUCGUGCAUGCAUUUAUUGGGAAGGAUGGACCAACCAAUGCUUACUACGACAGUGAUCAGUCCCUGCGAAUGGCUGCAGGGGAAGCACUGGCAAACCUUACAACAGAGAGUCCUGCAAAUUGCUUGGUUAUCUUGGAAGAAACAGGAUAUGAAAUUAUCAAGGAUCUCAAGAACAUGCUGUGUGAAGAUGAGUACAUAUAUGUUGCGGCAAGUCUAUUGCAGAAUAUUUGUGCACAAGCCAAAGACAAACUGCGCCAUCAAGAUGCAAGCAACCACCUGUCAUCUGCCUUCCCAAUGGUGAUGGAAAAUAUGAUGUCUGCGGAGGGAAAACACCUGGAGGUCCUAAUCGGCCUCGUAUCACAAAUCUGUGACAUGAUCCCAGAAUCAUUUAUCCAUGAUCAGCUACAGUUACGAACCAACCAAUCUGAGCUAGUUCAGAAGCUUGUUGGCACACUCAACUCCAAUAGAAAACCAAAUCCUGAAUACCCAAGAAUGAGAAGGGUCAUAGUUGAGAUGGCGAUAUCUAUUGUGAAACUUUGUCCUUGCUAUGCAACUAUAUUGAGAGAAGGGGGGAUGAUGGAAGCACUGUCCAAGGUAGAAAUGACCCCGUCAAAAGUGGAAAAACACAAGGUCUUCUAUGGCAACAUAGGUGUUGUUUUGGAGAGUGGCCCAUCUCUGACUGCUUUAGUGUCCACGGCAAAAGGGUUAAUUCAUUCUGCAGCUCCAACUAUUGCACUUAACAAGACGACCAUGCUUGAUUAA